GAGAUGCAACGCGAAGAGAUGGCGCAGGACGCUCGCCGCAUCGUAGAUGCGAAGCGAAAGAUGGACCUCGCAAACACGAUCCAGCUCAAAAUCUUCUACGACACCGGCCACAGAAAGCUACUGCGUGUCUCGAAGCACGCUACGCUCGCCGACGUGACGGUUGAGGCCGUCGCGCGUUUUGAGCUGCGUAUCGCGAUGGACUGUGCCCGACUACGGGCCUACUCCGAGUCCAUGGCGUUGCCGCGGGAGACGUACGACGGACGCGAACACUGCUCGCUGGUCGAGCUGUCGAUCACCUCAUCUUCGUGCAUCUACCUUGAGACUCGAGCGAGUGCCGACAUCGCGUGGGCAGUGUACGACCCCACCGAGCUGUCACUGCGCAUUCGCCGCUACGUUUCAUCAACGGCGAUGACACCAGAGGCCUUUACAGAGCCGCCCGAGCUGGUGCAGCUGCCCGGUGACGCGCGACUCGUCGACUUGCUCUCGCUGCUCAGCGCCAAGCUCACAAUGAACCGCAACCGAAUGCGACUGCUGGCGAUGCGCAAUGUGGGCUCUUGGUCGAUCACGACAACGGUUCUCAACGCGACGAAUGACGUGACGACGCUGCAGACGCCACUGGACCGCAUCUUAUUUUUACUGUGGAAUCGCUCCAGCAUCUACGUCGAAGCCAUCGACGAUCUGGCGUCAUCGCCGUCGCUUGCCAAGGAGCUCUUUGUAGCCCUCGCCCAUAUAAUCACCCUUCAAGUCAAGACGACGGAGCCAACGCUCCUGCGCGCCAAGAACGUCGAAGGUGACGCGAUGAAGCUGCUGCGACCCGAGACCUUCAAGCUGCGUCGCGCAAAGGAGAUUGGCACCGAGUGCAAGGACUUGGACAUGUCGGUUGAGAGCCUGGGCUUCCCGGACAACUGCGUAUUGUGGGUCGAGCUUGGGACGCCGCUGCGAGCACCAGUGGCACGGACGUGGCGAGGGUCGUGCUACCACCGCGUCGAUGCCCGCACGACCUCGUGUCGUGCACACCGCUUCGUCUCGGAACACAUAACUGUCUGCGAGAUGAAGGCCACCAUCCUCUCCGACCUUCAGCGCACGCACCCUAGCGCCAAGCACCUCCGAAUCUGGGACCUUUGCCCCGACCGCCGCCUCCAGCGGGUCCUCUCCGAUCGCAGCACGCUCGGCAAGACUUCACCGAUAUCACUCGUCGCCCAAGACGCUUGGCGCCACCCACACGCUUUCUCGGCCGUGCUCUUUGACCGAGCGCAUCUUACAUUUGGCCGCGAGAUGGAGCUAGUGUUUCCGACGCUGUCGCCUGGCUCGCACUGGAUGGACCUGCUUUUGCUCGAGAUACAAAGUGUCUUUGGGAUCCCACCAUACGCAGUGCUUCUCGCCAAGCUGCCGCAGACGUUGGACGUCGAUGUGACCGAGAUGGCGCAGCUUUCGUGGAUCGACCGCGACCACGGUCGUCGCAUCGGCCGUAUCUCGUCGCUGGCGGCGAGUGGCGAUCGACUCGUCAUCGCGGAUGCCUGUGUGCCAAGCAAAGUGCUCUCAAGAAACGAGCUGCUCGAUCUCCAACCACGCAUUGACCUUGAGCUCGACACCGACAACACCUGCUUGGUCAACGCCAGCUGGUCGACCACCACCGUCGAGAUGGCGUCGCUCGACGCGCGCCAUGAGAGUCAGCAGACAAAGACAUCGCUUGUCCUGCCAUCGGCUCACAGAACGCCGGCGCCAUGA